AUGGAUAUAUUUCGCAAGAAACAUAAAGGAGCUCCAGAUAUAUCUUCAAACUUGAAAGACGAAAAGAUUUGGGACUUGAAAUACUAUGAAAGCUUCCAAACUGGCCUGAUAACUGCGAUUGCGUACGACCCAGUUUUCGACGUCUAUGCUUGUGGUUUUAGCAACGGCGAAAUUCAUCUCUAUGGGGCACCUGCCGUGCACUUUGCCUUCUCUACAAAGCAAGGCAAACCCAUUUCGCAUUUACAGAUAUCGUCAGCUGCAAGUAAACUGAUCUGUAUCUCGGAUCAUACUAUGAUCGUUUGGACAUUGGAUGGCGUUCUUCAAGACCAGAUUGCAGCUACGAUGGAAUUGCCGAAAGAAACCGUGUUCGUCUUCUCCUUGUGUAAAUGGGGCAUUCACCAAUUCUCAUCAAGGUUCAUUGUGGUGUCGCCGAUGCACGAACACGCAUUCAUUCCGUUUCCGGAUGGGACAAUCCAUCUCUACGACUUAUCGAGACUAUGCGUAUCACCAACAAAGACAAUCCCGCAUCUCGAUGUUUCCCAGGACGUCGUGAUGGACCUCGCCCAGAAUCGCUCACUUGACCUUCUAGUCAUUGCAACUACAAAUUCUAUAUACCUGUGGAGAUUUUCGACUCACAACGUCGAGCGACUUUACACUCUACCUGACAAAUCUGCAUUUCAACCUGUCUGUCUCGCCCUUCAUCCCCACGAGGAUAUUUUUAUGAGCGGCCUCGCGGAUGGACGUCUUGCCAUUUGGAACACGGCAGAACAGGAGCCCCUUUGGAUAACAACUGUAUCAGAACUUGUGGGCUCUCCGACAAGUCACAGUUCCACUCAAGCUUCUUUGAGUCCGGUCUUCAAACUAUCUUGGAGAAGACUUGACUCAGGUAGUCGUCUCACCGUUUUGGGAGGAAACAUUCCAGAUGAACCACCAAUCAUCACCCUAGACUUUUCAAGCACACCUUUCGAUUCUCUUGAGAAUCUCAUGGCGUCAAAUUAUCACCGACAUAUUCUUUCUCCUCGACCUAUUAACGACUUUAUUGACAACCCAUUAUCCGAAAACCUUCUCCUUCUCACUUCAGACAGCAAAUUGGAGCUUCUGGAUCUCUCGCAAGAAGGUGUAGGUCGCGGGGCUCAAAGUGAUCUACCCUACUAUCAAAUGCGACCGCCUGUUAAGAUGGCAAGGUUGGUCAACUGUCACACGGAGAUGCCGGUAUCCUUUAUGAAUGCUGAGAAUCAGCGAUCCAUCGCUUCUGGUGGACUCGCACGACCACAUCAAGUGAGCGGUGGACCCAACGUCAAGCUCGCAAAGUACGAAACCCCUCGGCUUCUUCUGACUUUGUCCAGUGAUGAGGUCGUGCGUUUCGAUAACGUCUCGCCGCACCUCUUAUUAUCUGAAUCCUCCUUGGCAUCACGUUAUCCAAACCCACUCCUGAAUGCUUCGUUGCAAAUCAGAGACCCUUUAGAGGAUCCCUUGACAUGGACAUUUGUCCAGGACGCAUCCAAUAUCGAAUCCUGUCUACUGGAGUUUGUUCCAAAAUCCUUGGAAGUUUUUGUUGGCUUCACUUCGGGAGAAGUUAUCGUUUGGAAGUGGAGCGAUGGAUCAACUUCCCCCCCUAAACCCACACCAAAGGAGACAGAUGGCCGGUUAUUGGAUAUGUCCACCACAAACCAAAGAGAAGGAUUUGCGCCAAAAGUUCUCUUGAACGCGAAAGCUGGCCCAAUCGCGGCUUUUGCGACUUCUGAGAUAGGAUUCUUCGCGGCAGCCUAUGCAAACAACAGUGUGCUGAUUGUAGACAUGCGCGGUCCCUCUGUCCUCUAUGAACACGUAUCGCCUCUCGACGACAAGGUGAUACUUCUGAAGUUUUCAAUCUGUAAAGGACAUGCCAAGCUUCACCAGGAGUUACACCUCGCUAUCGUACACGAAUCGGGGGCCACAUUACUUUUGCCAAUAAUCAACGAAAAUCACGGAUGGAAUGUAGGCAAACUGCUGGAAAUUCCUGCCCGGAAAUGUCUCCCGCGCCCAAUCCGCAUUUUCCUGGUUGAAAUCCUCAGUGGCGAGGAUCUGGUCGCUUCGCCCAUGCGGCUACAAGAACUCCUUUCAUCAAAGAAUGUCAAAGAAAACCCCAAGAGUACUUUUGCCGGAGAAUUCUAUCGCGUUACCGUCUCUGACACUGCUAUUGCAUGCCACCAUGGUUGGAGCAGCCAAGAGCUCGGAACUUUCAGCACUGCAGGCAUCGUUGGAGCGGGACUUCUGCAAAAGAACGGCUCGGCCUGUCUGGUGACCUACAAUACAAAGGGAACAGUCGUCAUCUCGGCCCUUCCUGGUCUACAAACAAUUACCGAGCUGCGCACUCCAUUCGUCAACGGAGAGCUCGAGUCCGCAUCAACAAUAUCACAUUCUAUGGAAUUCAGUGUGCUGACGCAGCACGGAAUCGAAGUGUGGUCUCUUGACGAUACACGCCGUGCUGCGGCUCCAGACAUCACCAUUCCAAAGCUUCACGAGACACAGAGCCAAACUGUUGGACUCAUCUCGUGGCUAUUAGGCUCGGGGAUGAGCGGUGCUGACUUUGAUGCCCUUGUGGCCGGACCAAAUCGGCCAAAUAAACCGGUAUCAAAGGUAGCGGAAUCGAACGCAGAUGCCAUCUCUUCAGCAAAGAAUGCACUUGCAGAAAGAGGCGAGGCCCUAGAUAGCCUUGCAGCGCAGACCACAGAAUUGGAGAAAACUGCAGGCGGAAUGGCUGAACAGAGAUAG